GAAACUGUAGAGACGCAAACUACAUAUUCAAGCUCUUCUGUAGAACAAUAUUAUUCUUGUGUUAGUUCGGAUGAAUCCGAAAACGACGUAGCAACCGAACCAUGUUAUAUCGAGACAUUGGAGCCCUGCGAAUUUCCAAGACAAACAGCCCAAUACGAGAAGAAGCAUUCCGCAUAACCAAUGCUCUUAAGACUUCGAGCGCAUUGGAUAAAGAAAAAUCAACUCAAUCGUCUACCGUAAGCCGUUUGCGCGCAAUUCCGCAUCCUUUAGAAUCGCCUGGAGCCGACUAUACCCCAUCCACGACAGGCGACCGUCAAGAUUAUGUUUGCGUAGAAGUCGAGCCAGCCAAGGUAGUCUCAAAUGAUGUGGAAACACAUUCCUAUGAAAUAAUAAAAGAUAGAUGCACUCCAUCUUCUGAAGAUCUAUGCGUAUGCCCAAAAGCAACAGAUAUUUGCCCUAAACAUGGCCCAGUUGAAAAAAUUUUGAAACUAGAAGACUUAUGCACAUGUCCAAAGCCAACUGAUAUUUGUCCUACACAUGGCCCCGUUGACAAAAUUUUGAAAUUUGUAGAUAUAUGCAUAUGUGCAAAAUCAACAGAUGUUUGCCCUGUACAUGGUCUCGUGGAGAAAGUUUUGAAAUUGGAGUUGGAAGAAGAUUAUUGUCUAUGUGAAACUUUGUCAUCAAUCAAGCAAAAAACAUCUGAAAUGACAGCAGCAAGUGAGCAAGCAUUGGCGGCAAUGGAGGGAACAGCUACUUCAGCCAUAGAAACAAGUAAGCAACCAACAGCGGAGGAGGAGCAAGCAGCGUCUGCCGCAACAACAAGCAAGCUAUCGUCUAGUGCUAUGGAGGAGAUGUGUCAAACGACAUCAAGCAAACCAUUAUUAGAUCGAAUUGAUGAAGCAACGUCGACCAUAAAGCAAUCAUUAAUUGACGAAGCAACGUCGACUGUGAAGCAGUCAUUAGCGGGUGAGGAAGAAGGCAGCAUGGCGGAUAAGAAAUCGUUUGACCCUUGCGCAAGUUAUCAAGAAUAUGCCCUUUAUGAGUUGCCCAUGGAACUUACUGAAAAUCAGCCUCCCGUAUGGGGACAGAAAAUAACGGUCAUAGAUGGAGAAUAUUAUCAUGGCUGCUGUUACGAUGAUGUUUCUGAGUCUGAGGACAUAUUUCCAGACUGUGGCUGCGACGGUGAUUCUGAAACGGAAAAAGAUAAAGAAGAAAAAUCUGAGAAAAGCAUCGUAGAAGAGGGUAUAGGCGACGGAAUCGAUAAAGUGGAAUAUGAAGAAUUCGUUCCAGAACAAAGAAGCAGUCCAACCGAAGCAAUAUUAGAGUCGGCUUAUGAGGAUUUCGUGCCAAUGCUUAUGAGUACCGGAAAUGAGCUGCUAUCGGAAGGAUUAGAAUUAGAAGGAGAAACGGAAGACCGAGGUAUGAAAGCUCAAGGUGAUCUGGUGUAUGGAGAGAUCUCUUCAGAAAUACCUCCUCCUUCAGAAAUACCAUUUAAAGACAUUCGAAAAAUUUUAAAUUGUACCUGCGCACCCGGUGAAUGCACGUGCAUGGAUGGUAGCGGCGCAGGUGAUGGACGUUAUGUACUCGAAGAAUACCCCUCCGAGUUUGAAUACGGAGUGGAGUGUGAGGAUUACGAUGAAGAAUGCGAAUUAUUGAAAGAAAUGAUGGACGAACGUCGCAAAAAGAAAAAGGGGAGGAAGGAAAAAUGCGAUUGUUGUCAUUGCCGUUCCAUUCGUGAUGGCUUAGAUCCAUCAAAAUGCAUGGGGCAAGAACCAUCAGAAUCACCACCAGAACCACCGCCAGGACCACCACCAGCACCAGGUCAGAAAGAAAUAGCGCUGCCAUCACCACAAACCCAUGAUGAUGACGAAUUGAAAUUCUUUGUUGAUUCGCUUAUAGUAGAUUUGGACUCUAUGGAGCAUGCGCGUCGUAAACGUCAAGCAGAAAUGGACUUGUGCAUGCCUAGGCCGACAUUAUGUUCACGUGAAAGUUUCCCUGUAACGAUUACCGAUAUCACUGAUUUGGGUACUACUUCACUUUAUGUGAAGUGGAACAUCCAUGAUAGCACAGGCGUGGCAGGUUACGAGAUUUACGUGGAUGGUUACCUAACAAAUCGUUAUUACAAUUGUAAGCAUGAGGCGGCAGUCAUUACCAAUGUAGACGUCACUAUACCUCAUAAGGUGGCUUUGGUAGCCCAACCAUCCAAUGAAGAUGAAGUUAUUAAUAUGUUAUGCAAGCAAGAGCAACAAACUCAAAGCAAAUGCAAAUCGCUGCCUUGGAAAUCUGACAAUAAAAGCAAAGGCAAGACACCACCACCCCCUUUAGGUCUGUGGGUCCCUAGUAUUUACAUGUAUGAUCCAGCUGAUUGCACAAUGUCGCCACCAGUCAUAAUCGAAAACAUAUAAGAGUGCAUGCAAUUUUGAUGCAAAUGGCAAGAAGUUAAUAUUAGAAAAGAAAUUUGAAGUGAAAUGACAAACCUUUCUACACAUAUCUAUUCAUAUAAGCAUAUGUGAGUGUUGAGAUUGCUUAGGUAAUGCUAGUCAAAUUAAUUCAUUAUAAAAUUCAAAAAAAUCCAUAUAAUGAUAUUGAAAUUUUUAAUAAUAUAUAUAUAUAUAUAUAUAAUAUAUAUACCUAUAAAAAUUCAUGUUAUAUAGAAUUAGAGCAGUAGUAGUAUUUAAUUACAUUUAAGAUUUAUAUACAAAUAUAUAUACAUAUCUACGUAUAUAUAUAUAUAUAGAGAGAGAGAGAUAUGUAUAUAUAUUACGUAUAUGUACAUUUAUACAUACACAUACUUAUGCUCCUUUUGUCACAAAAAUUUUCCUGCACUUAUUUGUACUUUGUAUUUUCGAUUAUUUUUGAAAAAUACUUUCAUAUGGUUUUUCUUUUGUUAAACUCGAAUACCUUCUAUGCAAAAAAU